GACCGUAGGCUCGCCGGGCCGGUGGGAAGAGGCGGCGCACCGUUCGCGGCACCGUCAAUCGGUGCUGGCGGAGCGUGGCCGAGCGAGCGGCAGGUGGCGCCGGAGACAGCUGUGCGGACGAGCAGUGUGACCUGAGGUCAGCGCGUGACCGGUAGAGCCGCGGUGUGAGGGCAGCGAGAGAGAGUGGUGCGGUGGUGCCUGCCGUGAAGCGCUUCAGAGAGUGAGAAGACAAGUGAUUGAACGUGCUGCCUUCCUGGAGAGCACAGCCAGCCUGUAACCUGUGACCACCUCACCCCAGUGUACCCCCGCCCGUGCCGCCGCGGCCGACCUCCGCUGUCGAGUGUCCACGCUGGCUCUGCGGCCGUCCGCCGGCGGCCGGUGGCCGUCGCCCGGCGCCCGGCUCGCCAUGGGCUCGUCGCGGCCGGCGCGGAUGCUGUCGGCCGUUUCGCAGCUGUCGCCGGUGAUCGCUGGGCUGAGUCCGAGCGGCCAGCCGUGCGGCGAGCUGACCUGCGGCCCCAAGGAGUUCUGUCACGUGUCGACGUUCGGCUGCCGUCCGUGCACGGACGUCUGCUCGCCGGGACACAAGAACUUCCAGCAGAGCACCUGCUUCGCCCAGUGCCAAGAUCACCUACAUGACCUGCGGUACAUGAAGAGGGCCGAGCAGGAGCAGUCCAUGGAAGCUCUCCUGAGGAUGGAGAGCGACCUGGAGCGGCUUACCAUCCUGGUCGGCGUCAUGUUCUGCCUGCUCAUCGUCUGCUUCGUCUGGCUGGCCUUCCACGCCUGCUCCAGCCGGCGCGGACGCUGCCGAAGACGAAAGACAGGAGACGUCGAGGCCGACGCCAUUCAGCUGAAGGGCGUCGGCAACGGCGACGCCAACGACGCACAUCCGGUGAACGCCGGCGCGCCGGUGAUCAGCAGUAAGGCGAACACGGUGCCUCAGUACACCCUGGGCAGGCACAACUCGUCCUUCCUGAUGGCCACCAAGCACGGUGACGAGCUGAAGGGCGACCGCGGCCGGCACCCGUCGGAGGACACCUGCCCGGGCGACUACAGCGCCGCCUACGACAACCCGGCGCUAUCAAUGACUCCGCCGCUGGACGGUGGCGGCGCCACCAGUCACCCGCUGGCCGCCGCCGGCGCCGAGUCGCCGCCGCUGCCGCCGCGGGACGUGAGCCGCGCGUCGUCCCGGCGGCGCAGCGGCGACCCGCGCCCGCCCAGGUCACGGGACGGGCCCGGGGCGGCGGCGCGGCCGGCGCCCGAGGCCGAUGUUACUGACCCCGUGCCGCCGGCCGCCCGCUGAGCGAGAACCGAGAGCGAGCGAACGGCCGGCAGUGUCACGCGUGGGAGCUCCGAGCCCGGUGGAACAGCGGGGAUCUGUGAUCGGUGUGUGACCGUCAGUGGGUUGUGAGUAGACCAGUGUCGCGCAGUGCCGCGCUGUGGAACUGGAUGACGGGUGGGAUGGACCGUGUUCCGUCGUCAAGACCCGGCAUAGUUGGACUUCCAGCGGACUGCCGGUCUCCAGUCCGCCACACAGACACUGAUAGAGGAUUCACGGCCCUACAGCGCACAUAGCGAUCGAUAAUGGCUCAAAGCGUUCAGCCCAGCAGCAGAGGAGACUAUUACAUUCCGCUGAUGAGUUGUUUGUACCGUCCGUGAGCACAUACCUCUGCGAUUGCGGAACUCAGCCCGCCGAUCCGGCAUUGCUCCGAGUGAUUGCGGAUCAAUCAAUAGCCUCAGGCUUUGUGUGCGGGAGCAGCGAAUGACUCGCAGACAGGUCGCUCUACGCGUACCGGGAACAAAAUGUGUCGGUGGAUAAAUGUUCUGUGUGUGCAAAUGGCGUCAGCCAGCUGAAUCUGAUAUUUGGCGCUAAGCUGCCAGUGGACCAAACGUCCUGCUCUGCUAGAGCCCGUUCUUAUGCGUCUCUUGUGCUCGUGUUUAUGCGAUUUUAUAGUUGUUGAGGUGAGUGCCUUCCCAGAGUAUUUUUAACGAUUGACGCGACCAACAAAGGCAACGUUGUUUGACGUUCUUUAGCGGUUGCUGUUGAGUGAACUUGUGGAUGUUGGUGUAUUUUCAUUGCAAAUAUAAUGCCAGUUGACCUUACAAUA